UAUAAAAUAAUACAUUUUAUUUAUAAAAAAAAAAAAGAGAAUGGGGUGCCGUGGAGAUGAAGUAACCCAUGUUCUAAUGGUGACACUGCCGAUGCAAGGCCAUAUUAACCCGAUGCUGAAAUUGGCCAAACUCCUCGUGCCAAGGAACGUCCACGUCACCCUCGCCACCGGCGAACAAACUCGCCAGCGUCUCUGCUCCGGCGGAACCCCCAACCCGUCGUUGGACCUUGCUUUCUUCUCCGACCACCUGGACGACGAAACCAGGAACAACGAGACAAUGCUGGAGUCUCUGAGACAGGUCGGCCACAAGAACUUGUCCGAAAUCAUCACAAAUCUCAGCAAGGACAGGAAAUUCUCAUGCAUAAUCUCGAGCCCUUUCACCCCCUGGGUUCCUGGAGUUGCCUCUGCUCAUGGCAUCCCCUGUGCCGUCCUCUGGAUCCAAGCCUGCGGGGUUUUCUCGGCUUAUUACCGUUACUACACGAAUCCUAACGCUUUCCCCGAUCUCAAUGAUCUGAAUCAAACCUUAAAAUUACCGGCAUUGCCGUUGUUGGAGGUCAGGGACCUUCCCUCGUUCAUUCUACCUUCUUCCGGUGGGGUUUUCGGGAAGCUGAUGGAGGAUUUCGUCGAUUGCUUGAAUAGUGUGAAAUGGGUUUUGGUGAAUUCGUUUCAAGAACUCGAACCAGAGAUAAUCGAAUCGAUGUCUGGUCUGAAACCACUAAUCCCGAUCGGUCCGCUGGUUUCGCAAUCUCUCCUCAAGGAAGAAGAGAAAGAGGACGAGGCUCUGAACGGGAAAACCCUAGACCUGUGGAAAUCAGAGGACUCUUGCAUCGAGUGGCUCGACAAGCAAGCUCCGUCAUCGGUGAUAUACAUAUCCUUCGGGAGUAUACUCAAAUCGACGGAGAAUCAGAUCGCGAGCAUAGCGACGGCGCUCAAGAACAAGGGGAAGCCAUUCCUCUGGGUUAUAAGGCCGGUGGAGAGGGCACUAAACGACGCCGUGUUGCAGGAGAUGGUGGGGCAAGGGAGAGGAAAGGUGGUGGAGUGGGGGCCGCAGGAGAAGGUGCUUGGCCACGUGGCGGUUGCCUGCUUCGUCACGCACUGCGGCUGGAACUCGGCGCUCGAGACGGUGGCCGCGGGUGUCCCGGUGGUGGCUUAUCCGGUGUGGACGGAUCAGCCCACGGACGCGCGGCUUCUGGUCGACGUGUUCGGCGUCGGAGUGCGGAUGAGGAACGGCGACGGCGGAGAGCUGGAGACGGCGGAGGUGGAGAGGUGCAUUACGGCGGUGACGGAGGGGCCAGCGGCCGGAGAGAUGAGGCGGAGGGCAGCAGAGCACAAGGCGGCGGCUAGGAUGGCGGUGGCGCGUGAUGGGUCAUCGAGCCGUAACUUGGACGCCUUCAUUGGGGACAUUAUGAGGACUUAGACAUUUAAAAAAAAAUAAUACCAACUUAUUUUAAUUGCAUAUUUUAAUAAGAACUUCAUC